ACAGCCAUGGCUGCAGCCCUGCGCCCUGCGGCCGCCUGGCUCCGCGAUCGGCUGGUGCAGGGCAGCCAAAGGACCCGCCAGCCAUGGAGGUGCCAGUCGGGUGCAGCUACAGCCGCCGCGGCAGCAACAGCCCAACGAGUCAGAAGCCCGAAGCCUCAAGUUCAACCUGGGAAGAGGAAGCCAAAAACAGGAAUAUUAAUGCUGAACAUGGGCGGCCCUGAGACGGUGGGGGACGUGCACGACUUCCUCCUGAGGCUCUUCCUGGACCGGGACCUCAUGACGCUGCCUUUUCAGAACAAGCUGGCACCACUCAUCGCCAAACGCCGAACCCCCAAAAUUCAAGAGCUGUACAACAGGAUUGGAGGCGGAUCCCCAAUCAAGAUGUGGACCUCCAAGCAAGGAGAAGGCAUGGUGAAGCUGCUGGAUGACUUGUCACCUGAGACAGCCCCUCACAAAUACUACAUUGGGUUCCGGUACGUCCAUCCGUUAACAGAAGAAGCAAUUGAAGAGAUGGAGGGAGACGGGCUGGACAGGGCCAUUGCUUUUACGCAGUAUCCACAGUACAGCUGCUCCACCACAGGCAGCAGCUUAAAUGCCAUUUACAGAUACUAUAACGAAAUGGGAAAGAAGCCCACGAUGAAGUGGAGCAUAAUUGACAGGUGGCCCACACACCCCCUCCUCAUUCAGUGCUUUGCAGACAACAUUCAGAAGGAACUGGACCAUUUUCCACUUGAGAAGAGAAGCGACGUGGUCAUUCUCUUCUCUGCUCACUCGCUGCCGAUGUCUGUGGUCAACAGAGGGGACCCCUAUCCUCAGGAGGUGGGCGCCACAGUGCAGAGAGUCAUGGAUAAGCUGGGCUUCUCCAACCCCUACCGGCUGGUCUGGCAGUCCAAGGUCGGUCCAAUGCCUUGGCUGGGCCCUCAAACAGAAGAGACCAUCCGAGGGCUUUGUGAGAGGGGGAGGAAGAAUAUCCUUUUGGUUCCAAUUGCAUUUACCAGCGAUCACAUUGAAACGCUGUAUGAACUGGACAUCGAGUGCUCGCAAGUCCUAGCCAACGAGUGCGGAGCUGAAAACAUCAGAAGAGCAGAGUCUCUUAAUGGAAAUCCAUUGUUCUCUAAGGCCCUGGCCGACCUGGUGCAUGCGCACAUCCAGUCCAACGAGCUCUGCUCCAAGCAGCUGACGCUGAGCUGCCCGCUCUGUGUCAAUCCUGUCUGCAGGGAGACCAAGUCCUUCUUCACCGCCCAGCAUCUGUGACCCCGGCUGUGGAACCCGUGGGGUGCAGGCAAAUGCCCAGCCUCCAGAUGCCUCUGACAUGGAGCAGGAUGUAUUUAGAGAUCAAGGAGGGAAGUUACAUUAAUUUAUGAACAUCCUUUGGGUACAAAUCGUGUGAUUUCUUGAGGAAUAGACACCCAAAUCCUUAUUGAGGGUUUUCUAUUUUUGUAUGCCUACACAGUAAGCAUUUAUAGUCCCUCUUUCUGGGUAAAGCUAGUAAUUUGGAAUGCCUACUAAGCUACUGAAAAAAAAGAACUUAAACAAUUUAUCUUAUGAGACGCACACCUAUUUUAAAUAGAGAUUUUGUUUUAUUGUCUGAAAUCCUUCCCACGAGGGAUGGAGAGUCCCCUCCAUGGGUUGUGUGAGUGAGGUUCAUUUACAGCCUGUGUAUAUAGUUGUUUUUUUAAGUGAAUGACGUUGAGUACAUAAAAUAUCACUAACCUUUCCCUAAGCCGUGGGCUCGAGUGCCCGGAGGCCGAAUGAGUGAUAUGGGCCCUUCUGUGUGGACCUCACUUUGCUCAGCAUAAAGCCAAAUCUAGUGCUGGUUCUGAAAAUGCUUUGAGAUCCCCCAGGCUCACAGCCUAAUAAACGUGUCCUAGCUUUGGUCAGACCUGCCUUGGCGGGUGGGGGGGAAGCUGUGGUACCAAAAGAAAGUGGUCUCUGGCAUCCUGUCCCUGGGACUCCAGUGAAACUUUCCAUCUAGCACCUUCUUUGUCUGGGUUGAAGGUCUCCUUUCUGCAUAUUUGUUUGAAGAAUUAUUUUAGAAGACCAACGAUGUUUCAUCACCUUGAAUUCUUUCUUAAUUGACAAUUUUUAUUGCAAAAUUUUCUAACCAUGCUAUAGGGGAUUUGGAAAAGAGAGAAAAGUAACCGCCUGAAUGCAACAACUAUUACUCAUAUCAUUGUAUUUCGUGUCAUUCUUUUCCUGUGGAUAUUUUUAAUGCCAUUGUAACCUUGAGUUUGUGAGUGAAAAGUUGUUCUAAAGAUGUAAAAUUAAUGUAGGGUCAGAAUCUGAUCUUCUAGACUUGGAUUUAAAUGGAUUAAAAAAAAAAUCUCUGCUGGAUCCAUAAUGAAUAUGUAAUGAUUACUUUCCCUUUCCUCCGAGCAAUAAAACUUUGUUCUUCAAAG